CCUUUCGAACAAGUAGUUUCAGUCACGAUGAUGGUGGAGUUGAGAGGGUGAAGGAGAUGGUUGAGCUUUCUGGUCUACGAUGAUGAAAAGUGGACGCAUCGAGCUGGUGUUAGAUGAUGGUGGGGAUGGUGGUUGGUAGAGACAAGAAGAAACAAGGAUAAGCUUGGUGAUUGGUGUUGGUAGCCAGUUAUGGUGGAGGAGAUUGUGUAGAUGUAGAGUUGGAGGUAAUUCAGAGAGAAAGAGAAUUGCAGUUGUAAUAGUGGAUGAGCAGAAUAAGAGAGGAAAUAUGGAUUAGGUUUCUUACUGAUUUUGGGCAUGGAAUACUCCCGUCGACCUAGUUGGUGGGCAAAACCUGACCAAAAUGAUACGAAAUUUGAUUCAUUUAACACGAAACUUAAAAUAAUAUAAGAUCGUGAAAACCACUAAGAAGUGUUGUGGAAAUAAGCUGACACAAGCAUGAUUGGUCGGCUGACACACGUAUCAGUCUAGUCCAACUCCAGAAGAGACAUAUACCGGUAGAUGGCAGGACAUUAGACCAUAAUGAGUGAAGAAAUUCUUGUUAAUUCCUUCGAUCAUCUAUAUAUAUCGCAUAUCCCUCUGGUACGCAUAUAAGGAAACUCUUUGGGAGUCAGCCUAUACAAUGCCUCUCUUUACUGUUUUCCACUUUAGUUUAUUGCUUGUUCAUUUUUGCAUCUUUUUCCUUUACAAAACUGGAGGCACCUCAAUCUCAAUUUGAUUUUCUAACAAAGAACAAAAUCAUCACUAUCUGAGUAGUGAGAUUUGAAAGCCAAUGAAGAAAUACAAUCCUAGUUACCUAUGAGAUAACAGAUCAAAUUUUGACAUCAUUUUCGAGUUUUUCACUUCUUUAUUGGAAGUGAGUGAGGAUUUGGUUCUUGGUUCUUUUGUUUUCUUAGUGUUUUUUUUUUUUUUUGGGGUUUGUGUCUAUUAGAGUCUUUGUGUUUGUUUUGUUCGAGUCCCUUUUGAUUUUCCUCGUUUAUGUUUGUUUUCUGUCUAGUUUAGAUUUCUGCUUUUGAGUUUGUAGACAGAGUCGGAGUCCAAAAGCAGGAGCAACCAAAAUUGGCGCCCCAUCUACCAUUUUUCACCUAAAAUUGGCGAUCUGGGUAAACUCUCUUUUGGAAACUCUUAUUUCUGGGUAGUUUUUCUUGUGAGGUCAUUUGGGCCACCAAUCUAGCAAAAAUAAGGAUCAAAUUGCAACAUCUAAGACUUCAAGAGUCUUGAAAACACUAGUUUUGCUUCUUCAGAACUAGUGUAUUUAUUCAUUCUCAAGGAGAAAUACCCAAGAGCAGCCCUAGUAUCUCCCCAUAGACCAGGAAACCGGAUCGUACCGGCCAGUUCAACCGGAAAUUGGACCAAAAGCGGUACGGUGGGCUGAUUGAGCUGAUUUUACCGUGCUGGCCGGUUUUUUCGGUUUGAUCGGUGAACUGGUUGAACCGGCCGGUACGAUCCGGUUUCCUGGUCUAUGAUUCAGCUUCAUUUCUCCGUAUUCUCGUCCAAUAUGUGGAAAAUAAUUAAAAAAGAAUAUUAUUUUGCUAUUUUUCUAUGUUGAAAAUGGGUCACCGUGGUUGUAUAAUGCUCUAUUUGGUUCUUUUUUUGAUGGAUUAUAUUUUUUAUACUAUCGCAUUUCAUUUCUCUAUCAAAUAGUGAAAAACGGUAUUUACCGUUACAAAACGGUUGAACCACGGUCGUACCACAAAAUACCAUACCAGAAAGGAAUCCGGUAUGAUGUCCGGUACGGUUUCCUUUACCAUGGUAUCUCCUAGUAUGGCCUCCUUAAAAAUUUCACAAAAUCCAGGGCACUAAAAUAGAAUACACAAGCACAGGUAACGACGAGGUGAAAUCUGGAAUUGUGAAACCGUACUUGAGGUUAUACUGGAAAAGUUAAUGAUAGAAUUCGUUUCUAAAAUUGUGGUUCAAUCGUUUCAUACUAACAAAACCGCCAUUUAUUUUGAGUUCGAUAUUCGGUAUUUCCAUCAAACUUGAUAAUAAGAUACGCUUUCUAAUACAAUUGAACUCGUCAAUCUACUCCAAUCAAGAAAUGGGUUUUUAAUUUUUUAUGGAAGACUAAUGACUUGAGUAAAAGCCCAACAAAUUAAUGAGCAACACCACUCAAAUAAAUCAUUGUGUUGGGACUUGGGAGUAGCUGCAUGAUGAAAGUGACGGAAUUAAUUCGGCCCUCUUUGACAGCUCACUCCGAAUAAUUACAAACGAAUGGGUGUGAGCUGGCUGGAUUUAUUAUAUAGCAAGAGGAGGAGGGCAAUUGUAUUAGGAUAGGCCCUUUUCUUUCUGUGUUCGGUUUCAUUACGUCGGGCUAUUAUUUUUUUAAAGAGUCUAGUUAUUCAUAUUUAAUGGAUUGAUUUAAAAAAUAGAGGUUUUGAUAAAAUUUAAAUUAAAAAAAAAAAAAACAGGAAUAGGAUUUGCAUCCUGGCAUAGCUAAAUCCGAGUCAUUAAUUUAGAAUAGACUCAGAAGAGUCCAGAUUUAAGAGUUAUGAAUUAAAGACCUUUUAUUUUGUUUAGUUUUUUAAAUCGGCUCUUAUUUUUUUUGUUCUAGCUUAUAUUUUAAUUUUUUUGCAUAUAUGGAACGAGCUCGUUGUGAUCUACAAAAUGAGAUUUAUUUUCAAUAUAUUUCGAGAAAAAAAUUCAUACCUCUCGUACCACUCGUUGCCAUCUCCAUAUCAUAUGGUAUCACCUUCUUUUUUAAGUCGAUUUAAAAAAAAAAUUUGCACAGAAGGAACGAGUUCAAAAAAUACAGGUUCGGAAAAUACCACCUCAUAUCAUCCUGGUAUAUGGGUGGUAUCUUGCGGUACACAAUUUUGAAAGUUGUAAAUGACAGUUAAUAAAUUCCUAUCAUCAUGUAUUCAAUCAUUCUACAGUCUCUGGUAUGCUCCUCGACCAUGAUACACUUUCAUAUCACGUGGUAUGCUCUUAUGUAAUACCAAACAAUACCCCCAUGGUAUAGACUAGUACUAAAUGUCUCAAUUUUUCUUAUUCUAAAAAUCUAUCAAAGUGGAUAUUAUUUUGAAGAGCACAAUUAUUUUUAUUUAUCUAUGAAAAAAUUAAAUUCUGACUUAAAAUGAAAGAGAUAUGUCCGUUAAAAUUGAAAGGGGAAAGGGUUACAAGACUUCCAUAAAUGAUGAUGUGGUACUUAUGCGCCAGGUUAUGCAUUGUUAUUGACCAUAAGGUUAUGGAGGAUAUCCACUUUCUUCAAAAACUCUAGAUUUAUGAUGGAUUUGUUGUCAUUAUGGAUUUAAAACAAUCUAAUGUUUGCUUAACAGAUUUUCUUAUGGAUUUUACUUUAUUAGAAAUUUGUUGUAGGAUGAAUUUUUAACCUUCAUCCAAAUCUCAGCUCCAACCAUAGGAUUAGCAAGCUCGUGAGGCCCAUAAAUUUGGACCCUUAUAGUUUGUGGGCCCCAUAAAUUUUGCUCCAAAAAAUAAUGAAUUUCUGGACAAAUCCGUAAUAAAUUAAUUGAAUUUGAGUCUCAAAUCCUUCACUAAAUUUAUGAACAAACCACACCGGAAUCUGUGUUUUCUUUUUACAUUUGAAAUCUUAUUAUCGUGGUUAACUUUUUUUGUUUAUCAAAGAAAGGUGCAUAGCACUCUUAACUCAUAACAUUAAUGAUGUGGGGUCUAGACUUUAGAGAAGCCAUAACAUCAUACAUGAUCUAUUGUUGGAUCCAGGGGUCAAAAGAAGACACAACGUGAACUCCAAAGGAAUUGAGAAACCCAUAUGAGCCAAAUAGUUUGGCUACAAAAAUUACUCUCCCUAACAUAAGUGCAGGAAUGCAUCAAAAUAAUAAAAUUUCUAGAUAUAUCUUAGAUUAUAUUCCACAAGGUCUUCUAAUAACAAGUACUAAUAUAACUAAUAAAUAAGAACAUAGACUGAUGAAUUGAGGUUUCCUACGUUUAAUUGAUUUUAGAGAUAUAGAUAAACAAAGCAAUAAAGUAUAUGACAAGGUAAGUAUACGAUGCACAAUUGUUAAGAAAUUUCAUUUCUAAAUGAUCAUACAUCUCAAUCACAAUAAUAAUCGACAUGGAUGCAUCUUCUACUAUGAUACCACAAGCAAAAGUCACUACAACUAUCUAAUGCGUGUUUUCGCUUCAUGCCAUUAACUAAUCAAUCAAACAAGGAAGUAAGUAAGUAAGUAAAGAUAACACAUUAACUAUCAGGGUCUCUAUGGACCAUAACAAUGGUCUAUAGCAUUGAUGAUAUAUGGUAUCAAGCAUUGAACUCAUACAAGUAUGGAUGGCUGAUCAUUCCACUCCAUACACGUAUAAGACAAUUGCACAUCACAUAAGAAUAGUUUUCUAACAACUUAAUAUGAUAAUAUAAACAACACCAUAUUAGCACAUAAUAGAUGAUAUAAACAUCAAAUGAUUAAGGCAUCAAAUAACCGAAGCAUUGAAUGGUAUAAGCAUUGAUUGACUAAAGCAUCUAAUGACUUAAUGCAUCUAAUUAGACCGUAGAAAGUAGAUGCUUAAACCAUCAACAUAAUUCACAUCCUUAACAACGAGUCUGAACUAGCGAUACAUAAUAGAGAAGGAUGGUACCACCAUCAUCGAACUCUCCUUUAACUGCACCUCCCUUAUGGAUGCUAUACUCUGAUCUUUAGUCGAGCCAAUUGGCUACUUGCUCAAGUUUUUGUAGAGUAAAUUUGUGUAAUAUUUGCAGUGUAUAAUCAUAUAGCCUGAUUCCUCUAUUUAAAGUACAUAGUCUAUUUAAAGUACAUAAGAGAAGGGGUUCUUAAGCUUUUUCCUCCUAAAAUUAGGCCAAAAGCUUCCUUGUAAGACUGGGACUCGGAUUUUCUGAAUGUGGGUAGAAAAGAAUAUUCUCGGAGAUCCCAAUGGGCUUGGGCCUACAGCGGCUUCCUUUCGUUUGGCUUUAUUAAAUGGAUGAAUUACUCUUUGAUCUUCUGAUAAUUAUCCCUUAGAUCUUCCUAUUUGGUCCAAUGAUUUAUCCAACUCAUUCUUGAUUGUGUUUGAUUUUGAAAAGCACAAAACCAUACUAGAAAGGCAUAAAGUGAUACUAAAGCACAAAUGGGUCUAUUAUAAGCACAUUGAUCAAAUAGUUAUGAAAUCUAUACAAAAUUUAGUAAAACGUACUUAAUGAUGCAUCGUUAGAAGGGGAAUAUAACGUGUUCUAGAGCAAGACGACACCGGACCAAACCGGCAUCAAUACUACACCAAACCGACUGAAUAUAACGUGAUCCGGUCCUUUGUUAAACCUUUUUUUCUUCUUUUAGAUCGCGGUUCUAAAGUUUCGGCAUGGUCCGGUUCACUGCACACCCCUAUAAGGUUGUGAGCUUUUACUCGUCUAUGCGCGCAAUUAUUUUUCUUGCUGUGAACGAAGUCUCCUCCAAACCCUAGCAUUUCCCGAUUCCUUCCCCUGCUCACUCCGCAGGAUGCCCAUUUUAAGAGUCUAAACCUCCCAUACAUCGAACCAAUCACCUCCCCAUUUUUCCAGCUGUCAACUAAUUAAUUAAGCUCUCCUCCUUAAACGCGUUCAGGCAUCAAUAUAUUCAUUCAUUCCUUCGCGCAGCUGUCCAAAAGUGGUGCCGUAUUACUCCACCUAUUGCAGAAACCGUUAACCAUCGAAUCAUAUUCACACCCAUCAUAUAUACCAAUCACCAGAGCUCAAAAAACUCAUCAUCAAAUCAAUGGCGCCCAACUCCUACACCGUGGCAUCCAAACCAUGCAAGAACAACAACAACGAGGCAAUGAUCAUCAAGAGCAAGAAGAUGAUAACGAAGAAGAGCAGCGGCGGCCAGCAGCACCAUCAUCAGCUGGAGAACAUGAUGAUCGCGCUGCGGCCCAAAGUGUACAUCAUCGACAGCUCCAGCUUCAAGACCCUAGUCCAGGAGCUGACCGGCAACGGUGUGCAGCCUACUAAUGCCAACUACUAUAGUACAUCCGCCGCCGCCGGCGGAGGGAUGAUGUCUUCUUGUUCCUCCUCCUCUUCCAUCCCGUCCCUCGUCACGUCGCCUUCACUAGUGGAGGAGGACUUGUUACUCGCGCCUGCCGCCGCCGCCGCGGCGGCGGUGAAUAUGGAGGAGAUGGGUGAGUUCUGGAACCAGAUGUACGCGUGGAGUGUGUCGAAUUCCGACGCCAUCCUCAACUAAUUAGUUCAGUACCGUUACGUUACGUUACGUGCAUAUUUGUUUGUAUUGUAUUCAUUGGUCUCGAAGGAAAAUAAGGUAGCUAGCUAGCGGCGGAGGGGAUUGGGUUGGGGUUUUCAUUUGUGUUCAUUAUUGUAUUUAUUGCUGGCUGGCUGGCGUACAUUGUCCAAUUAAUUUUCACAUGACUGCCGAUAGAAGAGGAAAAAAGAGAGAGAGAGAGAGACGGUAUGUGAUGUGAGUGUGUACAUUUUGUACAAUUUACUUAGGUGAGGAAGAUAAGAUGGCUUGGCUUUCACAGUGUACAGAGAAAGAAAUCUCUCCACAUUCUACAAACCAAUAAAUGAUAUUUUUCUUC